AUGGUAGUGGAAGAUGUUGAGAAAAGUAAUAAUGUUUGGGCGCUGUUCAACCUGAGACGCACCGGUUCAACCCCAAGCGCUGAGGACAUACGUACACUAUGUCGGUCUCCUGAUGUUUACAGAUCCUGGUCCAGGGAAGACCAGAUUAGGCUGUGUUAUUUGGCCAUCUUGACAGGCGGUUUACUUGCACUUGAUCGAAGAGAAGCUAUCCCUCCUGCUAAAGCAAAGCUGCUUAUGGAUUUGGAGAUUUUCGAGCAGUAUCCCUGGAGAAGAGUGGCUUUCGUUGAACUUGUUCAGCAAAUUAAGGACGCAACUGCAACGAAAAUCAAGGACGACAGUUAUGUCUGCAAGGGGUUCGUGCAAGUAAUCCAGGUUUGGGCUUACGCUUAUAUACCCUGUCUUGGAGAAGCAAUUGGGCGUCCUAUCAGGUCAAAUGGUCCAUGCUUACUGAGGUUCAAAGGCAAGUAUGGAAAGCUCCCCUUGGGUUCUAUACUUGAGAAAGCGAAGGUAACUUGUAUGUCCCCGCGAAGCGUAGAUGAAGUUCAUCCGGUUUGGGAACAAGAAGAUGAGGAUCCUGAGAUUGACAAUCUUUUGGAGUUCCUUCGCCAAGACAAUUCCCUGAGUACCAUUACUUGGCAAGCCCUGCCGGAGUACCCAUUGACACCGAUUGAAUGUAACAAGCGUAGGCGGGUUGCAAGCCAGUGGAAAUCAAAGAAAUCAAAGAAGGUGGCAAGCAACGAGCAAGAGAACAUAGCAGAUGGAAGUGAAAAACGUGGUGAUAUUGCAGAAACUGAAGAACAAGUACAAAUCGAUGAUGGUGAUGGAAAUUUCUUUAUACAACGGAGGAAGAACCCAGAGAGAUUGUUUCAUAUGGAGCCUCCACACGUAGGUACCCUUGGAAAUCUAGUAUCUAGAGUGGCCGCAUUGGAACGAAAUGGCUGUGAGGUGGAGAAGUUUGUAGAUCUGGUAUCUAGAGUGUUAUCAUUGGAAGAAGACUGGCGAGUGCCAAACACCAGAGUCAAGCUUUCGGACCUUGAUGUACCCUUAGCGAUGUACCGAGUAAGGUUUUCCCAAAAUCCAACUGAUUUCAUAUCUCCAAGGAUUGCAAUACUGGACGCAGUUUUCCAAACGUGGUGGAGUAGUCAGUACAAGGAGUGGUUAGGAGAUCAGUCGAACAUACCAAAGGGAGUCUAUGAUUACUACAGAGUUCUGAUGGUAGAAAACAGUCACUGGGUCAUGAUGGUCAUUUCUAUCCCGGACCGGACUAUCGAAAUCUAUGAUAGUAUGACCGGUCUGAUUCCUAUGGAGAUUAUCACGCAGGCGGAGAUACCUUUUGUUCGCAUGGUUCCUUACGUCUUGUAUGCUUGCUCUGAUCCUGAAGUUAAGCAGGUUAUGGAUACUACCAUGUAUUCCAUCCAAUUUGUAACGGAUGGGGUUCCACAAAUAAAACCCCCUUAUGGAGACUGUGGAAUUUACGCAGUCAAAUUCAUUGAGUGUCUAGUAAUGGGUGUGGCAUUUGCAGAUGAACAUCUUCGUGAUUCUAAUAUGAUGCUAUGA